AUGAAUAAUUCAUUGAGGGAAGAGCAGGCUUUUGCAGAGGAUGUUUAUGGAAUAAACAACGAGCUGGGAGGGUACGUUUGGCCACCGAGAUCUUAUUCGUGCAGCUUUUGCGCAAGAGAUUUUCGAUCAGCUCAAGCUUUAGGUGGUCAUAUGAAUGUUCACAGAAGAGAUAGGGCGUCUAGAUUCAUCAAACAAUCUUCCCCAAUUGUAAUUCCAAAUCAUCAAACUGAUGAUGAAGUUGUACCUCAAAAAAGUCGUGCUUCGAAUCGAUGUUGCACAUCUUUUGACGAUAUUCCGCCAUCACCGGCCGCUCGUGUUUCUACCUUAUGGUAUACUAACUCUAACCCUAACCCUGAUAAUACUGGCUUAUUGGUACUUUCACCAUCCUCCCAUGUUGCUGAUGAAAUCCUGGCCGAUUCAAUCAAGAUUCGUCAAGAUCAGAAAUCGAAGGAAAAUGGAGCUAACAUAAAAGAUUUUCUUACUAAAGAUUUGUCCAUCGACGAGGAAGUCACGAGCUGCAAGAGGAGAAGAUUAAUGGAAGCAAAGCCGCCUUCGAGUCUCUUCCCAAAAUUGAGUGCAGUUGAUAGAAUAUUCCUUCCUCAAUCUGAGGUGUCGUAUAAACUGCGGUCCGGCUCGUUUGAGGAGGAAUUGGAUCUUGAGCUAAGACUUGGUGCAUGGUGCUGUGAUCCUAAGGUGAAGUUAUAA